CGCAAGAGCUACGAAAUUUCUUUGAACAUUCGAUUUGCUAUACGCUACUCUCCUACACCAUAUAGUUAUAUUGACCCAACAAAAAUCUUCAUACACAACCAAAAGUGAGAGAAAUUAAGAGAGAGAAUGGGCAUUUGCAUGGUGUUUUACUUCAUCCUGCAGCUACCAUGGCUAAUACGAGCAGCCAGUUCAGACUGUCAUGAAACAUGUGGGAGUGUUGUUAUCCGGUAUCCGUUCGGAAUAAGAACUGGUUGUUAUUACAAUCCGUGGUUUAGAGUAACUUGCAACCAAACCACCAAUGGACCAAAGCCUUUCAUCAGUCGAAUCAAUUUGGAGCUACUACUCCAUUUUCCAAAGAUUGGCGACACCGUCUUCGUCAACAAUCCGGUAAUUUAUCUAAAUUGUGACAAUAAAGGUAACAAUGGCACCACUUCUAGUGCUAGUGUCAACCUACAAGGCAGUCCAUUUUUCUUCUCAAGCAUAUUUAACGGACUCGGAUCAGUAGGCUGCGGCUAUUUGACUGCUGUUUUUCACGACAAUCUAACUGAUCCAAUGGCUAGCUGCCUACAACAAAGAUGUAGCGACCAGACGUCUGAGUUCAGUGUUUAUCGAAGACGUGGCACUACAUUUCCAACAUGUUAUGCCCCAAUUUCUGAAGAUAUCAUUUCCUAUACAGCAAGCGUGACGGAGGUCAAUAAUACGGGACCGGGGAGCAACAGAUGCGCAUCUGUUUUCAUAAAUUACAAUAACCUCUUGGUGUCGUAUAUAAGCGAGAUGAAGGAUGUUGCUGUAUCGGAUUUUUUAUCUUUCCGCCGUAUAAGCAUCCGCACAACGCAUGUUCCUGCAGUGUUGAGGUGGAACCCGUGCGAUUUGGGAGCUGAACUGUGCGCACUAGCUAACAGGUUUGAUGGAUGUCUUAGAAGAUGUGGGAAAGUUGAUAUUCCAUAUCCAUUUGGAAUAGAAUAUGGGUGUUACAUGAAUGAAUGGUUUAGAGUAACCUGCAAUGAAACUAUUGACGGGUCAAAGCUUUAUAUAAGUAGCAUCAACCUGCAAUUGCUUAAUGUUUCAGUUUUGCAAGGCACAGCUACCAUUAACAAUUCGAUAACUUAUUCCAAUUGCCUAAAGGAAGAUGGAGACACUGAUGGGGUUAGUAUCAAUUUAAAAGGAACCCCGUUUUUAUUCUCAACUGAGUACAAUAUAUUCAUGUCCGUAGGUUGCGGUAGUUUGACUACUUUUUCUUAUAGUCUAACGGAUGAAUAUCCUGUUCGUGCCUGCAUGCAACCCAUUUGUGCCAAUUUUCUAGCCUCCGAUACUAGCUGCUCUACGGAUCUUCCUUCCGAUCUAAGUUCCUUUGCUGCAAACAUGAAAGAGAUUUAUCCUAGUAAUGACACCAAGAGUUGUGGAUCUGCUUUUAUGGUUGACCACCGGUAUCUCGAUUCACUUGAGACAAUAAAUUCGAAGAAAACAACGUUGACGCACGUUCCCACAACAUUGCAAUGGUCCACACCAAAGCGUGGGUUGUGUUUCACAAGUGGUUCAAACACAUUUUUGAACGAGGAUCGUAAAUACAGUUGGAAAAACUUAAGCCAAAGCUAUCUAUGUGUCUGCACAACGUAUAUUAAUGUCGACGAAAAUCUUUUUACUAAUUCAUGCCAAGGAUUAGAUGAAAGUCAUUGCCAUACAGAAUACAAGUAUUGUUAUAUGCUUUGUAUGGAUGCUUUCGGAAGCAAUUGUUCAUCAUCAACAUCGUGUCCUGAUGGAUAUGAAUACUCGGAUGAAAGAGCUAUGUGCAUGCGCAUAUCCUAUGAUCCAUCAUUCUUUUCGAAGAAAAAAUCACAGAAAUUUCCGAUCAUUAUAGGUUGCAGCACUAGCAUUGGGACGGUAUUUGCUCUGCUUGGUACAUGGCGUUUGUACAAAGUUCUAGAAAGAAGAAAAGAUAUGAAGUUGAAGCAUAAAUACUUUAAGCGGAACGGAGGUUUACUACUGCAACAGCGAUUGUCCAACAAUGAUGGUAAUGUUGAGAACAUACAUGUGUUUGCUUCAAAUGUGUUAGAAAAGGCGACAGAUUACUAUAAUGAUAAUCGAAUUCUUGGUCGAGGCGGCCAAGGAACUGUUUAUAAAGGAAUGUUAACUGAUGGAAGCAUUGUGGCAAUUAAAAAACCUAUAUUGAUGGCAGAGAAGGUAUUAGAUGAAAAGAAGCUUGAACAAUUCAUAAAUGAGGUGAUACUUUUAUCACAAAUUAACCAUAGAAAUGUGGUUAAGCUUUUAGGAUGUUGCCUAGAAACAAAAGUUCCUUUGUUGGUUUAUGAGUUCAUCCCAAAUGGAACACUGUAUCAACUCAUUCAUGAGCUGAAUGAAGAGUUUUCAUUGACAUGGGAAAUGCGUUUACGAAUUGCAAGUGAAAUCGCUAAUGCUUUAUCCUACUUGCAUUCAGCUGCUUCCGUUCCUAUCUAUCAUCGAGACAUCAAAUCUAGCAACAUACUUUUGGAUGAUAAAUUCAGAGCUAAGGUGUCGGAUUUCGGAACUUCAAAAUCAAUUGCCUUGGAGAAAACUCAUGUAACCACUCGAGUACAAGGAACUUUCGGAUACUUAGAUCCCGAGUAUUUUCGAUCAAGUCAGUUUACUGAAAAAAGUGAUGUAUAUAGUUUUGGAGUUGUUCUUGUUGAAGUCUUAACAGGACAAAAACCCGUUUUCUCAAUACAAUCAGAGGAUGAAGUGAGAAGCUUGGUGGCCUUUUUUCUACUUUCAAUGCAGAAUGAUUCGUUAUUUGAGGUUCUUGAUCGAACUGUUAAGGACGGUCCAAAAACAGAGAUCGAAGCAUUUGCUAAGCUAGCAAAAAGAUGCUUGAAUCUUAACGGAAAGAAAAGACCCACCAUGAAACAAGUUGCAUUGGAACUGGAAUGGAUUAGAUCACCAGAAGAAGCUGAUGCCAUCGAACAAUGUGCCGAUGAAGAUUUUGAUAUUGAUGAUACGAUUGAAUUUUCAGCUACGGCUUCUUGUUCAACGUCUGGUUUAAUUCUGAAUGAUAGUGUAACUUUGACAUUAGAUGCAUAGUCAUGCUUGUCGGAACCAGAGUGGGUUCAAUCGAGGAAAAAAUAAUGUGUUGAUAGAUUGGACGUACACUAACCGUGAUACGUAUUCAUUUGGAGAUUGGGUAUCUUGAUGGGGAUUGCAGGACUGGUAUGCCAUUUUGGAUUAUACUAUUUUUCUUGGUUUCAGAUGUGUAAGCUGCUUCCUUUUACUUGUAUGCUUUCGUUUUGCACCCUUUGUUGCAAGAGUUCGAUAAAUAUAAGUUGAACAAAUUUAAUUUGCACUUUGAAUGGAAUAAAACUUGUGAAUGGUGGAAAGUGUGAAACAUUUGAUAGAA